AUGUCGUCAAUUCUUGCUAUCAUCAACGCACGCCGCCUUUGGUGCGGUGGGCCGACACACGGCGAGAAGUCCAACUGCCGCCCUGAGGUGAAUGCAAUGCUUAUUGUGGAUGGUAUCAUACGUUGCAUCGGUGACACCAAGGAAGUAAUGGCUCAGUACACAGUAGCAGUACAGAAGAAGCCGAGUACUCUUACAGUCACAUGUACUGGUGGAAGGCCAAGACCUGCUUCUGCACGUAUCAUUGAUUGCCAGGGGAGGCACUUUGUGGGACCGGGUUUUGUUGACUCACAUGUGCACUUCCUUGAUGGUGGGCGAAAAUUGUCAUCGCCGUGUUUGGAUUUUGCGCAAUCUAAAAGCCAGUUCAUCUCUAUUGUGCGUGAAUACUACCAUCAGAAAUACGUUGUGGAGGGGCGUGACGCCAACACGUGGAUAUUCGGCAGCGGCUGGAGUGAGACGGUACUGGGUUGUGCUCCAUCACGUUACUGGCUUGAUGAAGUCUCCAGCACAGUCCCAAUAGUUAUUUACAGCAAGGAUGUACAUUCCGCAGUGUAUAACACCGCGGCUUUGCGACGUUGCCGUAUCAUUCCUGAAGACGAAAAGAGCCCCAUUGUCAUGCAGGAAGUGGACGGUGGAGUGAUUGAGUGGGACCCUGUGCGCUUGGAGCCCACGGGUGUUCUCCGUGACAAUGCUGUGUCAGCCACACGGAAGUAUCGGCCCUCGCGAGACUCUGAAGAUGGUAUGGUAGAAGCGCUGGAGUUGGCGUCACAAUACCUUUUGGAGAGAGGAUUCACUAUGGUGUUCUCCAUGACCUCACUCCGAUUUGACAACAUGUCUGAGAUCGAGUUUCUUGAGCGCAUGCAGAAGGCAGGGAAACUGCGCCUGCGAGUGCGCAGUGCUGUAAGGCCAUUUGAAGCCGAUCGACUAAUGUCUGAAUUUUAUAAUCCCAUUCUCGCAGAGCAGCGUCAUGAUGGACUGGCGUUUCCUUUUUGCUUCUCCCCCCUUCCUGCGGAGAGUGGUGGUGGGUACCUUCUAUUGGGUGCAGUGAAAUUCUUCAGCGAUGGUUCAUUGAGCUCUCGCACAGCCGCCAUGACGCAUCCCUAUGAGAUGGAAGUGACAAGUGACGAUGGAGAGGCAUAUGAAGUACACAAAUGGAAGGAAUGCUGCAAUUGUGGUUUCCUGACAAUGACGAGGGAAGAACUUACUGAGGCGAUUGCUGUUGCACAAAAACACCAUUUACAGUGUUGCGGCCAUGCCAUUGGAGACCGAGCUGUCAGUACAGUGAAUACAUUUUUUGCCGAUACCGUAGCAAAGCAACAAGAUGCGACAACAGGCAACCAGGUUCUUAAUCAGGUCAUGCGCAGUUUCCAACAGAACCCUCGUUAUCGUGUGGAACAUUGUCAGCACGUCUCUAGUAUUACCAAAGAGUGUGACCGCAUGUCAAAGCAUGGUAUUAUUGCCUCCAUGCAGCCCUGUCACCUGCUCUUUGAUGGGGAUUAUGCUGAUCAUUUGUUGGGGAAGUCUCGCAAGAAGCGCUCCUAUGUGUGGAAGUCCUUUCUGAAGAAGGGGGUGCACGUGGCGUUCGGUUCUGACUGGAUGGUGGCCCCCGCGGAUAUUAUGGACGGGUUGCGUGGAUCUGUUCUACGCACGCCCGAUAUGAUGACAGCUAUGGCAACGGAAAAAAACGCAGGUGAUGUUAGUGCCGCAUUGCACGAAAACGAGAAGNCCACGUAUCACUCUGUGUGGAACGCGUCGGAGUGUCUGACGAUGGAAGAGGCUCUGCGCGCCUACACCUAUGAGGGUGCCUAUGCGGCCUUCAUGGAUCAGUAUGUGGGCUCGCUAGAGGUGGGCAAGUGGGCCGACGUUACGGUGUUCUCUGACGAUCUGCUGGACGAGUCGCACAUGGAGUCAUCGCCCAUGGCGGGGGGGAAACCGUGGUGGAUAAGAGGCAGAGAACCGCAGGUGCUCUACACAAUUGUGGGUGGAAACGUGGAGUACGAGCGUCCUAGUGUCGAGUAG